UCUUGCUAUGUAUAACUGCCACUGACAUGCACAUAUUCUUGCCUUUAUAAAAUGUUCUUCAAUCUGUUUAGUUUUCUUACUUUUCUUCUUUUUUCCGCGUAAAUCUCAGUGCAUCAGAAAGUAGUAUGGCUGAGUUGAUUUUAGAUCCCAACAUUCGAGGUUGGGUGUUCCUGCCUAUCGUUGUGAUUACGUUUUUAGUAGGCAUUAUUCGACAUUAUGUUUCGAUAUUACUUGCCUCACAGAAAAAGGUUGAACUUCAUCAAGUACAAGACAGUCAAGUGAUGAUUCGCUCCAGACUUCUUAGAGAAAAUGGUCAAUAUAUUCCAAAAAUGGCAUUUAUUAGUAGAAGACAUUUCUUUAAUAAUGAAGAAACAGGUUAUUUUAAAACACAAAAACGUGCUCCAGUAUCACAGAAUCCAAUGACAGAUCCUAAUAUGAUGACAGAUAUGUUAAAGGGAAAUGUCACUAAUGUUUUACCAAUGGUAUUAAUAGGUGGUUGGAUUAAUUGGAUGUUUUCUGGCUUUGUCACAACUAAAGUACCAUUUCCGUUAACGUUACGUUUUAAACCAAUGUUACAACGUGGGGUAGAAUUAGCUACUCUUGAUGCCGCAUGGGUUUCAUCAGCAUCUUGGUAUUUUCUUAAUGUCUUUGGACUUCGUUCCAUUUAUACGCUUGUUCUUGGGGAAAGUAAUGCUGCUGAUAAUCAUAGACUUUUACAAGAUCAAGUAUCUGGUGCUGCAAUGUCUAUGCCACCAGAUCCAAAAGCUGCUUUCAAAUCAGAAUGGGAGGCAUUGGAAAUAUAUGAACAUAAUUGGGCACUGCAAGGAAUUGAAGCAGAUCUUAUAGGAUCACAAAGAACGGAUACAAGUGAAGGCAUGUAUUAG